AUGACACAAGUCUUCUGUGAAAUAUAUGAUCAGAGAUUUUUUUGUUUCUUCUUUUGCAUUUUACUUUAUUUGCUUUUUUGUUCAGAGAGUCCACUAUCACAGGCUCUGUCCAGCCAUGUGAUUCUCCUGGUCCCAGAGUUCUUGGAUCCAGCCCUCACCCAGGAAAAGGCCUUUGCCCAUGAUGUCAGCAACAAACAACACACACCUGCGGAGGAGUCCAAAGUUCCACAGCCAGAGGACACGUUCCUCCCUGAGCAGGGUAGUGACAUCUCCAGUUCCUCAGCAAACGUCAUGCAACCCAAGGAAGGUGAUACCCCCAAUACCUCAACAAAAAUCAUCCCACCAAAGCAGGGUGACACACGCAGUUCCCCAGGAAAAAACAUCUUGCCUAAAGAAGAUAACACCUUUAAUUCCUCAGAAAACAACAUCUUCCAUAAAAAGGGUAACACUGCUAAUUCCUCAGAAAAAAACAUCCAAUCCAAGCAGGAUGACAUCUCCAAUUCCCCAACCAAAACCAUCCCACCCAAGCAGGGUGACAUCCUCAGGUCCCCAGGAAAAACCAUCUUGUCUAAAGAAGGUAAAACCCCUAAUGUCUCAGAAAAAAAUAUUCCAUCCAAGCAAGUUGACACUCCCACAUCCUCGGCAAAAAACAUCCUGCCCAAGCAGGCUGACACCUCCAAGUCCUCAGCAAAAGCCAUCCUGUCCGAGCAGGUUGACACCCCCAGUUCCUCAGAAAGCAACGUCCUGCUCAAGCAGGAUGACACACCCAUUUCCUCAGCCAAAACCAUCCAGCCAAAGCAAGACAAAACCCCCAAUCUCUCGGCAAAAACCAUUUCACCUAAACAGGGUGAUAGCCCUAAAUCUUCAGAAGAAACUGUCCAGCCAAAGCAGGGCAAUACCCCCAAGCUCUCAGCAAAAUUCAUCCAGCCAAAGCAGGGCAAUACCCCCAAGCUCUCAGCAAAAUUCAUUUCACCCAAGGAGGGUGACAUCUCCAACUCAGAAAAAAACAUUUCACCCGAGCAGGAUUACACCUCCAAAUCUCCAGAAGAAAACAUCCAGCCAAAGCAGGGCAAUACCCCCAAGCUCUCAGCAAAAUUCAUUUCACCCAAGGAGGGUGACAUCUCCAACUCAGAAAAAAACAUUUCACCCGAGCAGGAUUACACCUCCAAAUCUCCAGAAGAAAACAUCCAGCCAAAGCAGGGCAAUACCCCCAAGCUCUCAGCAAAAUUCAUUUCACCCAAGGAGGGUGACAUCUCCAACUCAGAAAAAAACAUUUCACCCGAGCAAGAUUACACCUCCAAAUCUCCAGAAGAAAACAUCCAGCCAAAGCAGGGCAAUACCCCCAAGCUCUCAGCAAAAUUCAUUUCAUCCAAAGAGGGUGACAUCUCUGACUCCUCAGAAAAAAACAUUUCACCAAGGCCGGGUGACACCCCCAAACCUCCAGAAGAAACCAUCCAGCCCAAGGAGGGUGAAACCACCAAGUCCUCAGAAGAAACCAUUCAGCCUGUAGAAGGUGACAUCCCAGCAGAAGAAACACCGGAGCUCUUGGAGAUCAACAUGGUGAAAAUGAUCCUGAACAAAGAGGAUUUUGAGUUGGCACUCAAGGAGGCUGGAGAGAAGCUAGUGGCUGUGGACUUCUCAGCCAUGUGGUGUAGACCCUGCAGGACCAUCAAGCCCCUUUUCCAUUCCCUGUCUGUGAAGCAUGAGGAUGUAGUGUUCCUGGAAGUGGAUAUUGAUGAGUGUGAGGAGGUGGUGAAAGACUGUGAGAUCAUUAGCAUUCCAACCUUUCAGUUUUACAAAAAAGAAGAAAAGGUGGGUGAAUUUUGUGGCGCCCUUGAGGAAAAACUCAAAACGAUCAUUGAAGAAUUAAAGUAGUGCAUUCUGAAAGCAUUGCAAAGAGUCAGCUGUUUAUAACUUGUGAUUUUUUGUUUAUAAAAAAGAGGUAUAACAAAAUUGCAUGUCCAAAUGGUACUUACUUAUAAAUUGUAGAUGUUAACUGUGCCCAUUUCAAAAAGAAGUCAAAGCACUCAAGUAUAUUGACCAUAUUUUUCUUGGUGGAAAAGUAUGAUAUUAGAAUUUCCUUUGGUGGAGAUUGGAUUCCAGCUGUCCCCUAUUUUUUUAUCUUGAUUUUUUUUCCUCACCCUUGAAAACUGAAAAUUCAGCUCAAUUUUUGUCAGCAGAGAUGUUGGAAAUUUAGACAGUUCUCUAGAAGUACAUGGUUUAAAAAUGGAAAGUUCUCAUGUUCACAUAUAUUUUGGGUUUCUGAUAUUUUUAUAAAUAAAGAAUCUGAAAGAUUCACAUAUCAUAUCUAACCUUAUGUGGGGAGUGCUAUGGAGGAUUCAGGAAGUCCCAUGGGCCUGCCAACCUGAUUCAUUGGUGGCAACCCUGAAAUCAAGGCUACGGUUCCAGAUUUCAAGUCUAGGUCCCUUUUUCCUAAUAAAUGCUCACAAAAUCUGAGACAGAGCUCAAAAACUCUUGAUUUUCUCAGGUUAAGAGCUUUAUUAUUGAGGUUUAAGUCACUGUGCUCCUUGGCACCAUUAUGACAUCAGUUCCCUGGUGGCAAAGUUCCUAUUUUGUCUCCUUGGUAACUAGGUUCCUGACAUCUGUUCCCAGAUGUCUCGGAGCCCAAGGCCCUGGUCUGGUCUAUAGAUGGUGGCUUGGUCUGUCCAGUGAAUGCCUAAAACUGCAGAUAGUAAUGAACCCUCUGUAUACUGUGUUUUUUCUAUACAUACAUACCUUUUCACAUAAAGGCUUCUUUUUAGCAUACUGAUUGCCAGUAUCAUUACUCAUGUGCUUUGGGGCUGUUAUCAAGUGAAAUAAAG